AACAGAAGCUGCAGGUGGAGACAAAAGUCUGCGUAAAGAGGAUUUGGUGCGUGAGGAGCGCGAGCAGAGCAUCCAGAAAUGUACAGAGUCACUAAAACCCACAUGACCUUUCCUAUGCCAUUCACGAGCAUGGGAACAGCCCCCUUCUUUAAGGUGACUGUGUUUGAGCAGGAGCACUUCCAGGGCAAGUUUCUGGAGUUCACCUCCGAGUGCUGCAACAUCCACAACUGUGGCAUGGACAACAUCCGCUCCAUCCGAGUGGAGAGUGGAGCCUGGGUCGGUUUCGAGCACCACGAUUUCCAGGGCCAGCAGUUCAUCCUGGAGAGGGGCGAGUACCCCAACUGGGAGGCCUUCAGCGGCUCCCUGUCCUACCACACCGAGCACUUCAUGUCUCUACGCCCCAUCUACUGUGCCUCUCACCACAGCAGCCGUAUGAUGAUCUUCGAGAAGGAGAACUUCAUUGGACGCAGCACCGAGCUGUGCGAUGACUACCCCUCCCUGCAGGCCAUGGGCUGGUUCAUGCCUCAGGUGGGCUCCAUGCACGUGCAGAGUGGAGCCUUCGUGUGCUAUGAGUAUCCAGGCUACAGAGGCCAGCAGUACAUCAUGGAGUGUGAAAGACACAGCGGAGACUUCCAGCACUGGAGGAACUGGGGCUCCCACUGCCAGACGCCAAAGAUCCAGUCCAUCAGACGCAUCAGGCACUGAGAGGGCACCGAUCAGGACUGGCAGCAGCAGCACAGCCUGGGAUCAGGCUAAGUCCUGGGCGCCUGAACGCGCACUUUGGUUCGGAGCUUAGGGCCAGGACCACGAACUACAACACAAACCAUCAGUGAUGUAGCAGCUACCUCUUUAUACCAGCACAUAUUAAUACUUCUCUUUAUAAUGAAGAGUGUGUUGUUUUGGUACAAGUGGAAUAAAGUUCAGAGUUAGAACAUGAAAAGUGA